AUGGCACACUUUGGCAUCGUCGGGUGUCAUUUUGAAAGGUGGGGCGAGGGUAAUGAUCGUCUCGAGGUACUAUCGGCUUUCCUCCACUCGGAGGUGCCCUUGGAGGGCGUGGCCAAGAAAACGGAGGGAUUCACGGUGGCCGAGCUCGAGCGCCUCGCCCGUCGGGUACAGAUCGCUACAGCGAUAAGAGGUGCCAAACUCUGCAAUGAAGCCGACUUGGAAAACGGGCUUGAAAAUUCAAGACCGUUGAGCACGAAUCAAUUGGAGACGCAAGUGGAGAUCCGACUUGAUGAAGUCGGCGGAAUGAAGGAGCAGAAGAAGACGUUGGAGGAGCUCUUACUCUGGCCGGGGAUGUACCCAAAUCUAUUCGCGAGAUGUGGCGUGAGAAUGGGACGCGGCGUGCUACUUUGCGGGCCGUCCGGAUGCGGAAAAACGAUUUUGGCAAAGGCCUUUGCCGCCCAUACUAAAUUCCAGACAAUUUUUAUCAAGGGCCCCGAACUGCUAUCAAAAUACAUCGGCAGCAGCGAGGAGAAUGUGCGAAACGCUUUUGCAAGAGCCCGAGCCAGUGCUCCUUGUGUUCUGCUAUUUGAUGAGCUCGACUCAUUGGCCCCUAGAAGAGGAGCUGAUAGUACCGGAGUCACGGACCGUGUUGUGAAUCAACUACUGACAGAGAUGGAUGGAGCCGAGGGGCUGAAUGGCGUUUUCGUGCUUGGCUGCACAUCGCGAGUCGAUCUGAUCGACCCGGCGCUGUUGAGACCGGGGCGUUUUGACCACAAAUUGGUGUGUGAUGCGCCGAGUGAGGAAGACCGCGAAGAAAUCCUGGAAAUCGUUCUAAAGAAAAUUGCACGCCAGGGCGAAUUCAAUUUGAAAAAGCUAGCCGAAAUGAGCGACAGCUGGACGGGCGCCGACUUGAAUGCCUGGAUGCUAAACGCUCAUUUCUUGGCGAGCAGAAAAACCCCAGGGGAAGAUACCCCAAUCACGAUGGACGAUAUCCUGGCAACGGCCCAGACAUUGAUGACAACACGACUGAAAGGAGCGCACAAGGGCCACUCGCUGCUGAAGAAGAAGUCGGACGCGCUGAAUCUGCGUUUCCGCGAGGUGCUUCGGCAGAUUGUGGAGGCAAAGAUGGCCGUUUACGGUGAUGUAAUGGAUGAUGCGCGCUUCUCCCUCGCCGAAGCCAAGAAUCGAGCCGGCGACUUCUCACAGACGGUCAUCCAAAACGUCGCCACGGCCCGCUACCGGGUCCAAUACACCACCGAGAACGUCGUCGGCGUCGUGCUUCCGACCUUUACUGAUCGCGUGAAGCUUUGGAUCGAGGCGACGGUGACGCAGGUCGGCUUCCCGGGGAUCCUGCUGUUUGCUUCGAUCCCGAAUCCGCUUUUCGAUCUGGCGGGGAUCACUUGCGGCCACUUCCUCGUCCCGUUCUGGUCCUUCUUCACCGCCACCCUCAUCGGCAAGUCAAUCAUCAAGAUGCACGUCCAGAUGCUGUUCGUCAUCGUCGCCUUCUCCGAGCACUACGCCGAUCGACUUCUCCAAGUUGUAGCCCAAAUCCCUCGCAUCGGGCAUAAGUUGCGCGAGCCCUUCAAGGAAUUCCUGACCCAGCAGCGCCAGGCCCUUCACGGCAAUAAGGACCACCAAAGCCCGAAGGCCGGCUGGGUGCAGAACGGUCUUCAGCUGAUCGUUACCGGUGCCAUCCUCCUCUUCUCGCUGUCGAUUAUCAAUUGCCUCGCCCAGCGUUACUAUCACCGUGCACAUAAGCCUGUA